ACAAAAGCUGCUUCAAAAAACAAAACUUCUAAAAAAUCAAUCGGUGUGAAGCGAUCUGUUACAAUGCAAAGAAGAGAAGGGCGAAGGAUGCUCCCAGAUGUUCAUAAAAUAAACAGUAAAAAUCAGGAAAAUCCUUCCAAAUGUGAAUUCAAUCAGAAGAGAGAUUUUACACCUCCAUCAACAACUGAUUCUCCGUUACGCUCAGAAAAGAGCAACACUCCUUUAUCGWCAUUGCAUUCACCUCUUCGUGGUAAGCUUGAUUCUUCUCCUGCUGUUAAUUCACCUAAACGUAAACUCCUUGCWAAGGCUGUMAAUAAUGCARUUAAUGCAGACGGACAGAGGAAAAGAAGACGAUUGCCAACUAUUCCAAAUGAGAGCCAGGAUGCAUCAGCCCUUUUACCCCUAAGAGCAAAGUCAGCAUCAGAUGAUUCCAAACAGCCACACUCUUUUACCAAAACCCCUGACCAAAGCCCAUAUAGAUUAGAGGAAAAACCAACCACAUUAAUCAGCCAACAACCAAAACAAUCCCAAAACAAACCAGGUACUGAAGAUGACAAAAGCUUGGAAGAAAUGCUGAAAUURCACAAUCAAAAAGUKAUGGCUACAAGGUGUAGAUACGAUAACAAUGGUAGAAGAAUUAAGACMGAAAAUGCAUCUAAUGUUGCUUCUUCAAGUGCAAAUAACAGUAAAGACACUAGUGCAAGUAUCAAAGAUAAAGUCAUCAAAACUACCUCAGUUAAAAACCAUGUUGUUAAAGAAACAAAUACUGAUAUGGCUUCCAAAAAAUUAAUCCAAAAAGAAAAUAAUAAGAUAAAUACUUUGGCAGACAUACCAACUAUUUCAAAGUCAAGUAAAAACACUUCUAAUAAAGAUAAUGGCUUCAAACUGAAUUCAAUUGAAGAGAAUCAGGGAGAUGAGAUGAGCGUAGAAGACCUUCUGAAGCUUCACAACAAAAAGGUUACUGCUUCUAAAUGUAAAUAUGAUUCUAAUGGACGCCGUAUUCAGCCUGGUAACCCUGCUUUUUGUCCUGCUCCCAGUAAGUCUGAACCAACAACAUCAAGAGCUACUUUGAGCAGGAGUAAAAGUCAAAGCUCAGUACAGAAGAAAACAGCGGGCAAACAGACAAUCAAUGAUACAAAAACAACUAAAACAAAUCCCAAGCAUCACAGAAGAUCYUGCAUUGCUGCACCAAGCACAUUAACUACAGAAACAACUUCAACACUUACAAAUAACCCCACAGAUUCUACUGUCAAGGCUGUGCAGAAGAAAAAGAGAAGGUCAUGCAUUGAGGGGUUGGCGACAGGCAGCGUUUUGGCAGGAGCUGCACAAAAAUCACACAAGCAAAAGAGGCGGUCGUGCUUCGCUGCGCCACGAGAAAUGACCCAGGCUAAUAGUGAAGUCGAUGAUGAACUCAAGAGUCUUAUUGCUAGGCACAACCAAAGACUUGCUAUGCUUAAAUAAAUAUAUUAUAUGUGUGGUGGACUUGUGGGGUCGAAAUGUAUAGAAUAAUAAAGAGCCUCAUUGAUACAGGUCUACAGGUAUAUGUGGACAAUUUGAUAGAAACAAAAGUCAAUUGAAAGAUAAAUGGGUUUUAAUUGGUGACAGAAAAAACCCUUACAUUAUCAUAAAGCGGUUUACUAUGUCUGAUAUUAGUCAGAUAUGUGUGGGAUGGACAUAAAUUUACUUUAUGCAUGCUCAGCCUCCUUUUGUCGUUGAAUUCCCUUGCUAAAUUUAGAAUAAAAUUAGACUUAAUCCACUGUUAAUGUUAUGAAAUUAGUCAACAUA